GCGAGUGUGUGUGUGAGAGAGAGAGAGAGAGAGCGCUUGUAGGGAUGUUGUGGAAACAAAGAAAUGUUUCUCCCAAAACAAACAAGUCAUUACUCAUCAAUUACAGAAAGUGUGCGCGCGCGUGCGUGUGAACGUGUCAAAAUGUGUUACAAUGUAACCGUUGUACAGAAAUGGUGUAAAGUCGAUGAAUUGGUCAUGGUAAAAGUUCUUCAAACGCGUUUGACGUCUUCCCGAAAUGCGCUUCGCCGUCGUGUGUGUGUGUGUGUGUUGCGGUUGUGUUUUUUUGUGUUUUCUUUCAGGCGCUUGAAAGCGGCGCGCGCGUCGCGGUGAUUGGCGGCGGCUGCGUAUAAAGGGGGGCCGAGCGCCCCAAGAACCGCUAACGACCUCAACGAGCCGCAGCCGCGAACGCCGCCGACUCGUCAUCACGAUGGAGAUGGAAAUGGAGGCGUGCCUGUCUCGUGGCGACUCGUCUCGAUUGGCUCGUGCGCUUCGUGACCAAGGCGUGAGCGGGAGCACGCUCACCCAACUGGGCCUGCUGGUCCACAAGCAGCUGAGCUUGGCCGACUUUGGACGAGUGGACGUGGUCUUGAAGGCUUUGGAGAUUCUGGCGGAGGACAGAGACCUCCACGAGACCCUGGUCGCUCUCGGAAUGGCACCCCAAGCGCUGUCUUGGUUCCAAACGUUGCGGCAACACUUGACCUCCAGAGCCCCGAGAAGCUCGGCUCAGCUGCGGCCGAUCGAAGGCUUCUACGACUUGUUUCUGGCGCUGAGCCGCUCGCCUCUACCAGCCUUGGAGCUGUCCUUGAGCCUUUUGGAACUUCUGCUCACGCUGCUGGAAUCGCAACUGCACUACGGCGUCAGACUGGAGGCGGUGAGAACGUUCAACGUCAUCCUGGACGGUCUGAGCCGAGAUCAGAGGAGGCGCGUCCAAUCGGAGCGGAUGCUCCUGCGGACCCUGCCGGAGGUGGCGGCGGCCAUUCGGACGGUCGGAGACUACGAGCUGCAGGUGAGCCUUUCGGAGGCUUUGUGUCGUCUGACGCCCAGGAAGGAGCGAGUCCAGCAAGCCCAUCAGUGGUUCUCCUGCUCCGAAGUGGCCGGCGCCUUCUCUCGCAUCAAAGACACGGACUUUGAGGAGGAUUGUCGCCAUUUCCUCAACUUCCUGAACAAUCGUCAAGGUGACGUGAGAAGGGUUUGGACCUUCCCGUGCAUCAGAGCCUUCUUGGAGAGCACAGAGCUCUUUCGCCCCUCGGACGACAAACUGGAUGAGUUCUGGGUGGACUUCAACUUUGGAUCGCAAUGCGUCAGCUUUUUCAUCGACCUCCCCCAGGGCUUCCUGUGGGGCUCCGUGCACCUGCUCAAGGAAGAAGUGGAGAGCUUCCAGCUGCAGGUGCAGCAGGACGAAGGCGGAGCGCUUCAGGCGGUCCUCAGCGUCCAUCUGAGCGUCGCCAUCACGCACCUGAGUUGCAAAGGCCGCCGGGUCAGGCUGCUCUUCCGGCCGGAGCUGUUCGAGGAGCUGGAGGCGGCAACCGCCAGGGUCUUUGCGGGAGACGGCGAGGCCGCGUCGUCGUCGCAGGUAGCCGCCCCGACGCCGACCGGGCUUCGAGUCGCCAUCCGGCCGCGACUCUGGCUCCCUCCGCCGAGCGGCCGGCUCAUCCGUGGGCUGGUCCCAGCAGGAAGCGGCGCGGGCCUCCCCCCGCGCCUCCAGGCCGCCGGGCAGAUCCUACAGGAAGAAGCCGCGCCGUCAACUCAAAGUGCUCCCGCUCUCGUCCCCGAGCAGCGACGACGGGGCCUCGCUUCCCACGACUCGUCGAAGCUCGGCGGCCGUGGCCUUUGAUCAAGUCGUCCGCUCGACGCCGUCCAAAGCGUCCAGUGAGAGCCCUGGAGAAGCGAGCGGCGGAGCGCCGGUCGGGAGGGACCAAGUGAAGUUUGGGAUCUUUUCAGAAGAGUUGCGCUUUCCUGCCGUUUGUGUGGAGUCGCCGCUUCGAGUCUUUCAGGAAGAAACCUCGAACGUCUCUCCCGUGGAAGCGUUGCGCUCGACUCGGAAGCGAUGGGCUCCGGAUUCAGGUUACCUGUCCGACGAAAUGGAUGCGUUGAGGAAGCGCCAAGGCGUUCAACCUGGCAGGCGUGAGCCUCGGGGGGUGGAACCCGCAGGGGCAUUACCCGAGGAGGCGAUGCAGCCGCGAGCCUCGCCGGGGGCGGAGCGACCGACGGACUCCACGGCCCGCAUCCGAAACGCUUUCGAGGUCAUCAAAAGCAACCUGGAAGAGCGUUACA